UUUUUGUUAAUUCUGUUCUUUUCUUAUCACUUUUGUGUAGUGUAACUAAUAAUGCAACUUUUAUAAUUCCUACAUUAUUUUGUAUUUCGCAAAAACAUAAUCAAAAUAAUAAUUGUAUUUUAAUAGCAUGAUUCCAAGGAACAGUAAUAUUCUAGAAUCAUGAAAAUCUAUAAACUCUACACUCAUCAGAAGUCAUUCAACACUGCCGAUUUAGUGUUGAAUCCGAAGGAACAUCCCGAUGCCAAACUAGGAGAUGUGGUUGAAAUAUUUCAUUCGGAAGAUGAAGACUGCAAAUUGCUUCUUCAGAUUACCGAAUUUAAUGACCUCAAAGGACGAGACGUAAUAAGUAUCGAAUCGAGCAUUGCCUCGACAUUCAAUUUGAAAGCAUACUCUGUUGUUGUUAUGCGAUUGGUAAAUGCUGCUGAUGUGGCCUUGGAUUCAAUUGAAAUAACAUUCAAAGACCAGUACAUGGGUCGGUCGGAAAUGUGGCGUUUAAAGACAUAUUUGACAAACACAUGUGUUUACAUUAACAAAAAAAUUGACUACUUUGAUAAAUCAAUUCGAUGUCAAGUAUAUGAAAUGUGGUCCCAAGGGGAUCGAGUAUCCUGCGGAGUGAUAACUGAAGAUACAAAAAUAGUUUUUCGCAGCAGUACCUCGAUGGUAUAUUUGUUCCUCCAAAUGUCCUCGGAAAUGUGGGAUUUCGAUAUUCAUGGUGAUUUAUAUUUUGAAAAAGCCGUCAAUGGAUUUCUAACAGAGUUAUUUACAAAAUGGAACAAAUUGGGCUGUAAUCACGAGGUUACAAUUGUUUUAUUUUCAAGAACUUUUUAUGCUGCUAAAAGUUUAGACGAAUUUCCUGUUCACAUGCGUGAUUGUUUACAAAUGGAUUACAAAGGUCGAUUCUAUGAGGAUUUCUAUCGAGUAGCCAUACAAAAUGAACGCAACGAUGAUUGGUGUUCCAUAUUGAUGCAAUUAAGAAAGCUCUUUACGUCAUAUCAGUCGACUGUGUUGCGUUAUCAUGAACGAGAAAAUGUUCGAAUUCCAACGGCAACAAAUAGUACUGCCGCACAGGGAAAUUUCCUUGAAGUUCUGAAUAUAUCAUUGAAUACAUUUGAAAAACAUUAUUUGGAUAGGAGUUUCGAUCGAACGGGUCAACUUUCAGUGGUUGUAACGCCUGGGGUUGGGGUAUUCGAAGUUGAUCGUGAGCUAACUAAUAUAACUAAACAGAGGAUAAUUGACAAUGGCGUGGGUAGUGAUUUGGUUUGUGUUGGCGAACAGCCGUUACAUGCAGUUCCUUUGCUAAAGUUUCAUAAUAAGGACACAUCGUUGACAUCAGCUGAUGACUAUUCACUGCCACAUUGGAUAAAUUUAAGUUUCUAUUCCACAAACAAAAAAGUAGCCUAUUCCACAUUUAUACCUAGAAUCAAAUUGACACCUUUGGUUGCAGCAACAGUCGCUGGAAAUGAAAAUAAGAAGGAAAACACAAGAACAUUCCUCAGCUGCAAUCAAUCAGAAUAUAUUCACAAUUCAUUAUUCGACUAUGAUGCUUAUGAUGCACAAAUCUUUCAAUUACCUCCAGCUCAAGGAACAUGUUCCCUCCAACGUGUUGUCAGAGCAAAGAAAACAUCUGUUCCAAGUUUAGAGACCUAUACUAAUAAUAAUUACUGUGAUGUAGAAAGCUUCACUCCGUUAAGAGCUUCAAACAGGAGACGUAAAAUGUCAGAUCCAGAUAUUCAUCACGGAACAUCUGGUGUACUUUCAACAUUGACGGGAUCGCCAAAUUUAUCAGAGUCAAUAGUUUCAGAGAAAAACGCACGUCGUUCAAUUGUAUCAAUUGCGCCAAUUGUAAGGCCUGGAAGAGCAUUAAUAAACCCAUUUGAUCCAUCGCAUGUGACUAUAAAGCUCACUUCAAAUCGUCGACGUUGGACACAUAUUUUUCCUAAAGGACCAGAAGGAGUACUUAUACAACAGCAUCAUUACCAAGCAGUUCCAACAAAACAACUUUCUAACAGCAACCAUAUUGUGAAUGGAGUCAACUGCAACGAUAAUAACAACACUGAAAAUUAUUCAUCGGGAUUCAAUUCCAGCGAAUAUGACCACACUUCAAAUUGUUCAUCUCUAAGUAGAUCAUUUACUUCCAGCAAUGGAGAUGAUUUUAACUUGGAACAUUUAAAAAAACGUAAUUCACAUAUUAGCACAUCAGCAACUCCAACAAGUAGAGCUGCGCCAGCAAAGAGUUUAACUUUUCUAUGGGGUGCAACAGGUGAACAAGAAUGGACUCCUGCAUUGACAACAGGGAGAACAAGAAUAAUCAUAGGCGUCGAUUGGAAAUCAUUAACAAUUCCAGCAUGUCUUCCAAUAACAACGGACUAUUUUCCUGAUAAACGUUCUCUACAUAACGAUUAUGUGAUAUCGGAUUAUACUUUGCUCCCGGAUGAUGUUAAUUCUGAUUAUGCUAACAGUCGAGCUAUUUAUCGCAAACCUCUUACUACGCAAGAGGUGUUUAAGGAAAUUGUAUCACAACGCUUAGCCCAAGGAUUUCAAUUGAUUGUGUUGGAAGAUAAGAAUCAGGGUCCAUCGCAGGCUCCGUGUUGUGGUGGGUUGAAGCAGAAACAACAAAGUCAUCAAUCUUCGGUGUUGAAAAUGAAACCUCCAUCAGAGAUAACAAAAGAAUAUUUGCUCUCAAUUGGAAGAAUAUUUCAUAAGAUAUCUUUGCGGGACUCGGUUAUAACAGUUACGGGCUACAAACCAAGGCAUCCAUAUCCACCCAUAAACGUGGAUUAUCGUUAUCGCUUUCAUGCUCCGCAGCAUGACACCUAUGAGAUUUCAGGCGUUAAUUUUACAACAGAAAAACUCGAACACUUCAACUGGAACUACAUGGACCACUAUAUAUGCACUCGUGGCGAUACCGAUUAUCUUUUACUUGAUAGUUUAAAAUAUUGGCGAUAUCGAAUGUAUCUAUUGCCCAAGGAUAUCGUUGCAAUGAACAAAAUUCUAGAGCACGGUUGCUCGAAAUGUGACAUCUACAGUGAACCAAGUCCAGAAAUUGCCAAACAACAAAUCGACGAUUUCCUUAAGCUUGUCGAAGUUCAUUUGAAUAAAAUAAAACGUCUGCAAAAUCGCAAACCAAGGGACAGCCCAACAGCGCCAAGUCACCUAACUCGACGACGCCAUAGCACGAGCAUUAUCUCGAGGGCUCCUCCCAAUCAGGGACUUGGAAAUUCUCCGUUUCGAGAGCGUGUUGGCAGUAAUCGUUUACCAGAUAAAAGACCCAGCUUCAUUUCUAGAGCUGGAACAAAACCGCUCGAACGUGGACGUAUUUCACCUGCUGCUGAUGCUGCAGUGAUUGCCUUAAAUUCUGAAAUAAAUGUCAACGAGGAUCGAGACGAUGCUUUUCUUGGUGAGAUCAAAUUACGUCCAAAUGCAACUCUUAUGGAAAUAUUCGAAGCUAUGAAACAUCCUGUUACGGGAGUAGGAUUCUUUGCACCAACGCAAGGUUUACCUUCGUGUACUUUUGUUUGUUUUGAUGCGUUGAUGUGGUUGAAGGCACGUCUUGAUGAGUCAAAAAAUCCACUCGAUGUUUUAGAAUCAAUGCGCAAAGAACGAAUGAUUUGUCAUGCAUCCGGAGAUUGGAAUAAACCAGUUGUACCUGGGUUUUACUUAUACUAUAUUGGCAUACAAGACAAAAAAGAUUUUAUUCCGCCUUUAAAUGAUUUGUGUGCAUUUGAAAACGAAUGGGUUGAAGUCGAAAUACAAGGUUACAAGUCUUCAUUGUCAUCAAACGAAUUAGCAGCUCAAGAAGUACAAAAUAAAAUUCCCAAUUUUCUUCGUAACACACCUCCUCCACAGACAUGGUGCAAUAUUCAACGACAACGAAAUAUUUACAAACAUUCACAUUUAGAAAUUGAUGUUAAUAACAAAAGUGAUCGUAUGGAAUGGGGACAUGUAAAAUAUCAUAGUGUUAUGCAACCUGGCCAUGCAUUUGAAAUGGUAGUUGAGUGGGUGACAGCUUCUGGACCAAUUGUAUAUGAUUUAAUCUAUGGAUGGCAAAGAAAAGCUCAACAGUGUGGUUUUCAACUCAUGCCAGUACCGGCCGAUCCACUUGCAGAACCAUUUACUGAAAAGUCUGAUCCACUAAGAGGACCUAUGUUUAUUCCGCUCAAUACUUGUUUCCUUGGAAAUGAUGAAGCAUUGUUUGAAGAAUUUUCUGAAGAAACUCGUGGUGAUAGAAUGCUUCUGUUUCAAGAAGCCAUACUAACUAGAUAUGGAUUCAUGCCUUGUGUAGUGAAAAACAAUGUUUCUUUGCACAAAGACCUGCCAAAGGAAUACCAAUAUGUUCACUGUUCAGGGAAUAUGUUUGUGUUAAUCAGGUGCUCGAAGGGUAACCAACAGAUUGAAUCUCCGAGUCGACAGGAAGGUAAUGUAACUCGACUUGUUUAUGGCCAUACAAGUCAUACCAAUGUCCCAAAAAAGGUUGGCUUCCUUUGGUCUUGGAAUCAUAUGAUUGCCAAUAAAAAGUGGAAAUCAUUAAUAAUCAAUUGUUCACCAGAUGGAGAGCUUUUCCAAUUAAAGAUGUUAAAAGAUUUCCGAGAAUUUUGUUCAAAUCAAGAUCAACGGCUUAAGAAGUUUUGGGAUUCGUGUUAUGAAUUAAAAAACUCUUAUUCUGAAAAUGGUAGCGAUAAAUGUUUAAGGACAUAGAUUACAAAAAUGUGUGAUCAACAUAAUAUUAAGCUUAAAUAAUUUCUUCCAUAUAAACGUAUAACAAAGUAUA